AUGCCCAGAUCUCUGGAAAACUUCAAUCUGGGAAAAGUAUUGGGCGAAGGCACUUUUGGAAAGGUGUUCCUGGCAGAGUACAAGGACACAAAACAACUGUGUGCCAUAAAGACCCUCAAGAAAGAGAGGAUUAUUGCCAAGAAUGAUAUCAAGAGCGUUUUCAAGGAGAAGCGAAUCCUUCAGAAGGUUACCAGUGCAGAGCACCCAUUCCUGGUUUCCUUAUACGCCACAUUCCAGAGUGAGAAUCACCUCUUUUUUCACUUACAUAUAUGUCCUGAAUCUAUCAAAUCACUCACUGAAUUAUUUUCCUAUUUAUAUAGGUUUUACACUGCUUGUAUAGUGCUCGGCCUGGAGGAAUUGCACCGGAACAAUAUUGUUCAUAGAGAUCUGAAACUGGAAAAUCUAAUGGUGGAUGUACAUGGCUAUCUGAAAAUCGUGGAUUUUGGCCUGAGCAAAGAUGGUUUCAGAUAUGGAGAUCGCAGUAAGACCCGGUGCGGAACAAACUGCUACAUGGCCCCAGAGAUUAUUGAUGACAUGGCAUACAGUAGGGCCGUUGACUGGUGGGCCCUUGGGGUUGUGUUAUAUGUCAUGAUCAUGUUCCAGUUCCCAUUUGAUGCAGAAGAUGACAUGGAAUUAUUUGAGAGCAUCAGGAACGACAAACCUGCCCUGACAGAGGAAUUGUCAGAGGAAGCUCAGUGCCUGAUACUAAGAUUACUGGAAAAAAAUCCAUGUGAUCGCCUCGGAUCCAGCGAGGCCGGUGCUGAAGAGGUUAAAGCACAUGAAUUCUUUGAAGAUAUUGAUUGGGAAGAAUUUCUUGAAAGAGAAAUGAUGCCUCCGUUUAAACCAGAUGUCAGUGGCCUUACAGAGAGUCAAUCUGAAUGCCAAGCCUGGGGAUUAAUGCCACCAGCUGAAGCCAUAUCACCAGAGGCACAAGAGCUAUUUGAAGGAUUCGACUAUUCAGCUGAGUGAGAGGCAAUUGCAAGGGGCAGAUAUAUGACUGGAAAGGGCGGGUGGAGGGCCAGUCCAUAUACAAAUCAGAAAGCCCCAUUGACUUAAAGUUCAUAUCAGAUGCCCCAAGUCAUCAGUUUCUGAAGGAAGGUGCCACCAAAGUAUCUGUACACCAAGAGUUCUGGACUGAGUUUAAAGAGACCCUGGCAUUUCAAGUACAAAGAGAUCCAAACAGCCCCCUGUGGCAUUUGCCAGAAUGUACAGAUUGCCACUCCAGGCCUGACCUGAUUGUGAAGGAACAGCCUAAUGGUGGAACAACAGUAUCUGCAGGUGGCUCCAGAGUAUCUUUAUAUCAGCCCUGAAGAGCCAGAGAGUCAUUCAAGCGUCACUAAGUGAGCUACAGACUAUUGGAAGGGGCAAAUAUAUGACUGGAACAGUGGGAGGAGCCACCAUAUAUCAAGUCUGGACUGAGAUUAAAAAGAGACCCUGGCAUUUCAAGUCUAAACAGUCCUCUGUGGCAUUUGCCAGAAUCUACAGAUUGCCACUCCGGGCCUGCCCCAGAUACACAUGAGAAGUCUCAUCAGUACAAAAUGGAUAUCAGAUUCCCCAACAUCAACAAGUUGUGAAGGAACAGCCUAAUGGUGGAACAACAGUACCUGCAGCAAAAAAAGUUGCAGAUUGUGUCGCCAUCUAUGUCAGACAAGAAAUGCCUAGUACCAAGACGUGAGAUGGAGCGAGUGGGGUCAAAGGAAAUCUCAUAGAGUUCUCCCCUGCGCUCUCCUAGGAACCCGGGACAAGAAGGAGCUGCUCUCAUAUAUUUCAACAUUUUCAGAAUGAAUUUUCUAUUAGAUCUAUUAGUUAGGGGACUACUGUGAAAACUGAAAUGUAAUAUAAGCUUUAUCUCAUGGAAAUAAGAAACUUUCUACAUAUAAUAAAUAUGGUACUUCUUCUGAAAUUACCAAGUUACUUUUAACUAUCCCUCCAACUCCUGCACGGAGAGAGACAGAUCGCUGAGAGGGGGAUAGAAAAGAGGACUUUGAUUUGUUAAUAUUUGAAAUUGAUUAUACUUAAAAGGUUUCUUAUUACAAAAAGUGGAAGCUGAUGUUACAUUUUCAUUUUCACAAUAGUUCCCCUUAUUGACCAUUUAUAUGUAAUUAUUGCUGUUUGUUUCCAGGUAUGGGACGGAGCAGCUGCAGGGAAAGGAAAUCUCAUUUAACUCCCUACUGAGCUCUCUGAGGAACCUCGGCCAGGAAGAAGCCAUUGCUGCCAAGCUCCACCAGGCGUCUCAUCCAGAAAUGGAGAGAAAUGACAGGAUGUGCUGAAGAGCUAUGUCACCUGAUUAAUAUGAGACAUAAUCUAUGGGAUCUGAAUCCUGAUGGACCUGGGCAAAUGUCCUUUUUGCCUAUUUAUUACACCUACAUUUAUACUUGAUGAAAUAAGAACAAUGUAAUUUGUAAAAAUAAAAAAAACUAUUUUUGAAGACUA